AUGCAUCGCUAUUAUGCAUUAUUUCAUCUUCUAUACUUCCUAAUAUACUUGGGAGAUAUUCGAGAAAUCCAUACUACUACUACUACUACUACUACUACUACUACUACUACUACUACUACUACUACUACUACUACUACUACUACUACUACUACUACUACUACUACUACUACUACUACUACUACUACUACUACUACUACUACUACUACUACUACUACUACUACUACUGCUACUACUCCGACUUCUAUUGCGACUAAUAAUGAUGAAGCUUACCACAAUUUCCUACUGAAAAUUACUUUUCAAAUGUAUGAAAUAAAUAAUUGUUAA